CUAAAGAAAGGACUUCAAUCGUCGUGUAUAUGCUGCUUUAACGGAUAACCCAAUGCACGCAUAUCACUAAAGGCUUUGUACAGAUAUAUUGGUUGAACGAAUUUAGUUUCCGACAGGAUUGUAUGGCGACUUGCAGAAGAAAAUUGCUAAGGACUGUUCGUUUACUACACAGAAUGUCAGGAACCACACCGGAAGCGAUUGUCGGCAGCGGCACUGAAGGGAGGGGCGUGGCCACCAUGCCUGUCACGGCGCCCCCGGACAGUCUCACGAAGCCCAUGAACUUCCCGCUCAAGACCCUGAUGGGACCCGGACCCUCUAACUGCCCGCCUCGGGUCCUCAAUGCCAGCGCCCUCCCCAUGCUGGGCCAUCUACAUCCGGAAUUCACGCAGAUCAUGGACGAGGUGAAGGCCGGGAUCCAGUACGCCUUUCAAACCGGAAACAAGUGGACGCUGUGCGUCUCCGCUACAGGUCACGGUGCGAUGGAGGCCGCUGCCACCAACCUCGUGGAGGAAGGAGACGUGGCGCUGGUCUGUGAGAACGGACUCUGGGGACAGCGCUUUGCAGACAUGGCGCAGAGAAACGGAGCCGUGGUUGUCAAGCUUCAGAAGCCCAUGGGCACAGUGUUCUCUCUGGAUGAAAUCGAAAAGGGUUUGACGGAGCACAAACCGAGGGUACUGUUCAUUACGCACGGGGAAUCUAGCGGGACCACGGUGCAACAACUUCCGGGUAUCGGAGAUCUUUGUCACAAACACGCCUGUCUGCUGCUAGUGGACUCGGUAGCGGCCAUGGGAGGCGUCCCGCUGUUCAUGGACUCUUGGGGCAUCGACGUAAUGUAUACUGGUGCCCAAAAAGUGUUAAGCGCACCGCCAGGAGCCAGUCCUAUUUCAUUUUCAGACCGGGCGAGACAGAAGGUUCAGUCUCGGAAGAGCCCCCCGCGGUCCUACUACUUCGACAUGAACCAUCUGGCGAACUACUGGGGGUGUGACGGGGAGGCACGCAGGUACCACCACACGGGGCCUAUUAGCAGCGUGUAUGCCAUCCGGGAGGGCCUGGCAAGACUGGCUGACGUGGGUUUGGAGAAGAGCUGGGAAAUUCAUAGCGCAUGCGCCAAAAUGCUUCACAAUGGAAUUGAAGAAUUAGGCUUAGAGCUGUUUGUAAAAGACGAGGCGGCGAGGUUACCAUGCAUCACAGGUGUGCGCGUACCGGAAGGGGUGAACUGGAAACAGGUGUCAGACCUCGCUAUGAAGGAUUAUCGCGUGGAAAUCUCCGGCGGUCUGGGCGCUAUGGCGGGCAAGAUUUGGCGCAUAGGGCUUAUGGGCUACAACUGCACGCCAGACAACGUGCGUCUCGUUCUGCGGGCGCUUAAGCAUGGGCUCGAACAAGUGGGCUUUAAAACUCGGGGCGGACAUGAAAAGUGAAUUGCGCUUUGAUACAUAUGAAUCUGUGAUGCCCGUGGUUAUCGUUUUACUUUAUAUUUGCAAUAGUUUUACCAAUAAAUAUUAAUCGGUGGUGAUAGUCCGGUCAUUAUGUUUACAGCCGCUAUAGACUGCAAGGCAAGAACUUCAGAACUUGAAUAGUGGAGAGUAAUUCACUUUCCAUUUCAUGUUUGUUUGCUCCGUUUUAUUCAGGAAAUUAAACAUGUAUAUUUCAA